AUGAUUUGCAUGGCAAGAGCAUUAUUAAAGGGAGCUAAAAUAUUAAUUAUGGAUGAAGCAACUGCAUCAAUUGAUAUUCAAACAGAUAUUAUGAUUCAAGAAAUGGUUAGAAAGAAUUUCAAAGAAUGUACAACAUUAACUAUUGCACAUAGACUACAUUCAAUCAUGGAUUCUAAUCGAGUUAUGGUAUUUGAUGAUGGUCAUUUAAUGGAAAUGGAUACUCCAAUUAAUUUGAUUGAACAAGAAACAACAAUCUUCAAUAAUUUGGUCCAACAAUCAGGAUGUGCUGAAGAACUUAAACGAUUAGCAAAAGGAGAAGCAUCUAUUGCUGAAACAUUAAAAGCUGAAGAUGAAAAAAAGAAAAAACAAGAAAAUGAAUCAUCAGACUCAACUGAAAAGCCAACAGAGUUGAUUGACUUAAAUACACCAUCUGCAAGUCCAAUGCCACUUGAUGGAACAGUAACCAAUAAAGAUAAAUCCCCAUUACUCAAUUUAAAUACACCAAUAGUAAGUCCAUUACCACAACAUGUAAACGAUAAGAGUGAAUCGGUAAGUGAAGGUAGUAACAAUUCUUCAUCAGAAUAA